UCCGUAGCUCCUUCCAUCUGCCCAGUGGGGCCUCCACUGCAAUCGGUCCGACCUCCAAGUCCCAGGAUUCCCUUACUGACUGGGAAGCGUUCUGCUGGGAUUUGAAGGAAGAUGUCCGACCAUGUAGCUUCGAGGCCGCCGCCAAAAUUUCACACCGGUCUCAAUUCUGACUCAGAGAGCGAGACGGAUUCGAGCAGGAUGCAGUCGCAUUCAAGGACGAGGACGGAAAAUCAUCUUUCUCAUCGUGGGGCGUCGCUCGAAACGUCUGUGGAUGCAGCCGCACCUCCCAUUCCGUACUGGUCAGCAAAAAGGCAUCUAACAUGUGGCAAUCCUACCCCUCAGCCUCCGUGGUCUGCUCAGCUCACACCAUGGCGCAAUUCUGCCCUAGGAAAGCUCAAAACGGCCAAUGCAGCAUUGAUUCUCUGCCUUAACAUUGAUGUCGACCCACCCGACGUUGUCAAAACUCAGCCGUGUGCUGCUUUAGAGUGUUGGGUUGACCCUAGGCUGCUACCCUCGAACCGCGCAGUCGAAGCCAUUGGUGCGAAUCUGAAGUCCCAGUAUGAAGGACUUAGUCUCAAGAUUCAGUACAAACCAAUACUCGACCCUUCGCAGGAAGACAUCCGGAAAUGUUGUCAACAGCUGCGCCGACAGGCCAAGGACGACGCCGUGUUAUUUCAUUAUAAUGGACAUGGAGUUCCCAAGCCUACAGCCAGCGGAGAGUUGUGGUGUUUCAACCGGAACUACACUCAGUAUAUUCCGGUGUCUCUUCAGGACAUACAGAAUUGGCUGGGAUCUCCUGGCGUGUAUAUAUGGGACUGUUCUGCUGCGGGCCAUCUUCUGCAGAAUUUCAACACGUUCGCGGAACGCCGUGACAGCGAUGCAACCAUGUCACAUGGUGGCUACGCGCCAGAGCGUACACCGUACCUGCAGUCGAUACAGCUAGCUGCGUGUGCCGCGAAUGAGCAUCUGCCCUCAUGCCCUGAGUUACCUGCCGAUGUUUUCACUUCAUGCCUCACCUCCCCCAUUGACAUGGCCCUUCGGUAUUUUGUCCUUAACCAAAAAUUACCAGACGGCGUCGAGCAAGAUAUGAUCAUGCAGCUUCCAGGAGAUCUUAAAGAUCGUCGUACCCCUUUAGGAGAAUUGAACUGGAUCUUCAUUGCCAUCACUGAUACCAUUGCGUGGACUUCCUUUUCCCGAGAGACGUUUUCACGGUUAUAUCGAUGUGACCUCCUCGUUGCAUCGCUUUUCCGCAAUUUCCUGCUCGCAGAGCGCAUCCUGAAGAAUUACGGGUGCACUCCGCAUACAUACCCUCCCCUUCCAGCCACUAAUACACAUCCUUUAUGGGCGACGUGGGACCUAGCUGUCGACGCGUGUUUGCGACAGCUGCCCGAUCUUCUUCGUAAUAAAGCCCCGGCCAAAGCUAAGAACUCAGCUACUGGUCAGCCGCCGGUGCCUGCGGCAGUGAUCACAGAUGAAAAUGAAGUUUUACCUGGUCGUAUCGGGAGUCUUCGCCAUGUGACCAAAGAUGAAGAUGCUUCUCAGAUCCCACCAUAUACCUAUGUUCCUAGCCGAUUCUUCGCUGACCAGCUCACUGCAUUCGAAGUAUGGAUAUCUCGAGGUGGUUCCGCCCUGACUAGACGUGGUCCUAUGUCCAUGCCAAUUUCAAAGGAGAAAGGGUUGGAGGAGAACGGAGCGACUGCUGAUGGUGUAACCGAGGACAAACUUGUUCCUCGGAAGCCGCCAGAUCAGUUGCCCAUCGUUCUCCAAGUCCUGCUUUCCCAGCCACAUCGUCUACGUGCACUUAUUCUUCUCUCUCAGUUCGUAGAUUUGGGACCAUGGGCCGUUAACAUGGUCCUUUCCAUCGGUAUAUUCCCCUACAUGGCGAAGCUUCUGCAAGCUGCUGGGCAGGACCUUCGUCCUGUGCUCAUCUUCAUAUGGACCCGCAUUCUGGCCGUUGAUCCGUCGGUACAAGUCGACCUAUAUAACAACGCUCAAGGAUACCGUUAUUUUUCCAAAAUUCUUGCAAUGCCUGACGACGGCGCUCUACCGAACUCGUCCGAGCAUCAAGCGAUGGUUUGCUUCAUUCUAGCGUCUCUUUCCCGUGACUUUCCCAAUGGACAGUCUGCAUGCUGGGACGAGCGAGUCUUCGAUGCUUGUCUUGGCAAGCUAGGUGAUCCUGACUUCCUGCUUCGUCAAUGGGCUGCCUUGUGUAUAGCCCAACUUUGGGAUUCAAAUGACAAGGGUAGAAAGGAAGCUGUACAGCGUACGACCACCGAUAAGCUCAACAUCAUGCUUAACGAUGAGUCCGUCGAAGUACGUUGUGCUGUACUCUACGCCUUGCAAACAUUUAUGGGGGCCAGUGGUUCGUUGGAUCCAACUAAGAGAGGAGGCGGAGGCAGCGGAAAUUUGACGGGGCUCUUCGAAAUGGAAGAAAACUUCCACAUGCGUGUAGAGGUCUCGUUGGUCAUGGGUGCUACCUUCAUCAUCAAGGAUGACGCCAGCCCUAUGGCACGGAAGGAGCUACUGGUUUUGAUAAGCUGUCUGGUCAGGGAGUGGAGAGGUCACUUUGUUGUUUGUGCGUGGUUAUACUGGGAACAGAACCAACGCUGGCGAACAAAUGGCCCUGGUCCACAUUCCCCAACUGACGACGUCAGCGGACAAGCAAUCGAAGAAUGGAUAGAGAGUUUCGACUACUCCAGUCAAGAAGAUAACCGAGUCAUUUUGUCGUCUUUCUUCACAAUAUUUGUAGUUCUCCUUGACCUUUCGGAAGACCCUUACUCUGAGGUUGCUGUUAAUGCACAGACGAUCGUGGACUAUAUCGUGGCGCUUCUUUUGGAUUCGCCGUUCAGUCGACAUGAUGCGACCAGCCUGAGACGGCAGCCCGCUGUAUCUCAGGAUUACCGACCACCAGUUAUUGAGGCUGCACCUCGAUCAAGAGUACCCUCCUCUCAUUCUCCCCUCGUGUCCACUCCGCCAUCUCCAAAGCAAUCUCGUCCAGCAUUCACUCGCAGCGAUACAAUGACCUCCAUGACCACGUCUGUGUCGAACACCCUCCGGCGCACUUCUUCCUUUGCUAACGCUCUGAAGACCUUCGCGAACGGUGUCGCUUUUCCUUCUCUGGAGGAUGGUCACUCUGCGCUGUUUGGAUCCUCGCGUCCGGAAUUUGACAUAUCCCGGCCACCAUCUCCUAACCUGAACCUUGCGCGGUAUUCACCACCUUACUAUCGCAUGUCUCUACCUGUCUAUCAAAGCGGGCAUUCAUCUUCUUCCUCCCAACAACCAUCUGUACUAGACUACACUCCGAAAGACGUUAUGGAUGCACUGAUGCUGGAGGAUAUGGAAAGGUUGAAAGCGCGACAUAGAAAGCACCGACGUGGCGGUGGUUCUAUGCCUAGCCCAAGUAAUAGUACUUUCUCCACUGAAUCUUCGGCUAGCAGUUUGAUGUUGGGGCUGGGAACAGGUAUGGGACUGCGGGACGUGCUUCCGCUCAAGAGCACGUAUUUUGAUUGGUGCACAGAGUACUUUACGGAACCGCAGAUGAGGCAAACGGAAGCGGAUGAACCGGGUAGUAUGCAAUACAAUCAUCAAGUCUGGAGACAACGUCGAAACGAGAAGGUCGACGUUGAGACCCAUUCCCAGGCAGAGGUUGCGCCGUGCCAUCGAUGGGACAGGCCGGUAGCGACGUUACAAUCUAUCGGACACCCGAUGACUAUGGCGUUCCAUUCUUAUGACCAACAUCUUGUACUCGCCAAUGAGCACGAUAUCGUCGCAGUUUGGGACUGGUCUCAGAAGAAGAAAUUGAAUCAGUUCUGCAAUGGUAAUCCCAAAGGAACUUCAAUUACUUCCAUGCAUAUCAUUAACCAGGAUGUUGGUGGUAUUAUAAUGACCGGAUCGGAUGAUGGUAUUGUGCGACUUUUUCGUAAUUAUGAUCCUACCCUAGAGCAGGGGCCUAUACAGCUGGUCAGUGCGUUCCGCGGCCUGCAAGAGUUAAUAUCUAUCAAUCGCGGAUCUGGCCUUGUCAUGGAUUGGAAAGCUGCGAACGGGACCUUACUUAUUGGUGGAGAUUCUCGUAUCAUCAAGAGCUGGGAUGCUCAGACGGAGUCACAGGGAAUGGACAUCGUGACCGACUCCGAAAGUCCGGUUACAGCCAUUGCCUCGGAUCGUCAUGGUUACUCUGAAGUUUUUGCCGUCAGUUUUGCUAAUGGCGCUGUGAAGCUAUUCGAUGCCCGAAUCGAUGACGAGGAGCCUGUGAUCAUGACAUUCCCUGGCCAUACGACGUGGGUUCAAAAUAUCUGUCCACAUCCGGCGUCGGGCUUCCAGUUCUUGUCCGCUGGCGUGGACGGUGUCGUCAAGCUUUGGGAUCUCCGAAAUGAAAGGCAGGCCGCCGAAACAUGGGAUCUGAACUCAAGGGGACUGUCCGCUUUCGAUGUCCAUCGAACCACCGAAGUUUUCGCCGGAUCCUCCGCUAUAACACCUCACCAAUGGAAGGAGCAGAAGAUAACGGUGCAAUCUAUCAAAGGACAGAUGCAGCCUUCCAGCGUUUCGGUUCCCACUGGGCACGUCCUUCAAGCACCUCGCAUCCCAGCAUCACCCUUUUCGCACCGACUGACGUCUUUGGUGUUCCAUCCCACGGAAAUGUUAUACGGUGUCGGAGAGCCAGACGGUACCGUCCGAAUCCUGGGCUGCAAUUUAACGUCGGACCCGUCAUCCAAUUAAUCGGGUGCCGCAUUUAGUGGAAUAUAUCUACGUUCAUCGUCUCGCAAAAUUAUUCUUGCUUUGUUUGCACAUAUAAUAAUUGUACCGUAGAAUCUAUCGCAAUAAUGUAUUCGUUUAGCUGUGAUAUUGUACCAGUAGAAAAUGUAAUGUACAUGGCUUGUCCAUGGCUAGGG